AUGGAAGCCGAACAGUCCGAGGCCAUGACCGACUCAAAGCCCCCGAGCGAGUAUACGUUCGUGCUCCUGGAACCCUCGCAUAGGAGCAUUAUCUUGGCCUUCAAGCUAACCCAUGUCGCUUCUUCCAGGCCACGAGCGAACCUGACAAUUUUAGGGUCAUUCAUGGGUGCGUUCUGCACCGUCGGUUUUUUGAAUUCUUUUGGUGUCUUCCAAGAGUACUACGCGAGAAAUCAACUGGCGGACAAGUCGGAGUCGACGAUUGCAUGGCUGGGAGCACUUAGUAUCUUCUUCGUCUUCUCUGUGUCGAUGAUAUCUGGCCAGUUGCUGGAUAUGCUUGGACCGAAACUUCUGUUGUACAUGGGCUCUCUCGGGACUGUGUUCUCGCUUAUGAUGACUUCGCUCUGCAAAGAGUUCUAUCAGUUUAUUCUGGCUCAGGGUAUCCUGCUCGGGAUAUCACUUGCAUUGUUGGUCUGUCCAAUGCUUGCACUGGUUGGCCAGUACAUCAAGGUCAAACGCGGUGCUGCCAUGGGAAUAGUAAUUGCAGGUUCUUCUCUAGGAGGUGUUGUGUGGCCGAUAAUCAUCAACGAGCUUUUGAAGAAGCCCAACAUUCGUUUCGAGUGGACAAUGCGCAUCGUUGGAUUUAUAAUGAUGCCCCUUCUUACCAUCUCGUGUGUCUGUUGCCGGCCGCCCAAGUCACAGCAACAUCUCAUACAGCCGCCAUCUAGCCUACAGGACAAUGAGAGCGCCGUUCCGCAGCAUGAAUCGAAGGACACCCCCAAAGCGGAUUUUUCUAUCUUGAGAGAGCCAGUCAUGCAAGUGUCGUGCCUCGCAUUCUUCAUCAUAUAUUUCGGAAUGUUCUCUCCGUUUUUCUUCACCACGUCCUACGCAGUAUCGCAGGGCUUCUCCACUGACCUAGCAUUCUACACAAUCUCAAUCAUCAACGGAGCAUCUUUCUUCGGACGCAUCAUACCAGGCAUCCUUGCGGACCGCUAUGGCCGGUUCAACUGCUGCGUUCUUGCAACACUCGUUUCCGGUAUCAUUGCUCUGUGCUGGACAUCAGCAACAUCCGUGGCGGGCUUGGUCAUCUGGUCUGCGGCGUAUGGAUUUACCUCAGGAGCAAUUCUCGCCCUUCAACAGGCGUGCGCAGCUCAGAUCGCUACCCCGAAGACCUUGGGUCUGGCAAUUGGCGCCGUCAUGGCAUCUACAUCUCUGUCAGCAAUGGCGGGUGUGCCUAUCAGUGGUGAGCUAGCGAGCAAGUACGGGUACCUUUCGCUUUCGAUCUACUCGGGAGUGAGUCUCUUAGUGGGCGGCUUACUGCUUGCGGUAGCACGUUUCAUGCAGAACAGCAGCCUCCGGGCCUCAGUCUGA